GUAAGGGAAGGCUCGUGUAUUUUUUUUUAAGUUGACAUAUAUUCCCUCCUCCUUUCUCCUCCCUUCCCCCCCCCCCACAACUUCUAAGACCCAAUUGGUUGUGAUGGACCAUGUCGGGGUGAUCAUUUCGCGUCCAGUUCAACUCUCUUGUAGGCAGCAAUAGGUGGUGAUGUAAUAGGUAUCAAGGCCCGCUGGAUAUAUAAACGUCGUGGUUUCGGGGGAGAAGGGCCAUGAGGGAGCGCGCCGAGAAGGUCCCCACUUGACAGAAGCGGAGAUCAAGUUCAGAAGAAGCUGCCGGCGGAGUCGAUCUUUGCUGCCAGCCCGCCCCACCGGUUGCGCACCGGAUUCCUCUUCCAUGCGAUCUAAGCAGCGGUUCUCCAGUUCCACGGGGUGCUGAGUUACUUGCCCGCCCGCCCUCACCCCCACCCACGAAAUAUCUACAUAUAUAUUUCGUGUAUCGUAUAUAUAGUAUAUAUAUAAAUGUAUUUAUAAAGUAUAUAUACAUAUAUAUAUAGAGAGAGAUUUGCUUGUUGGUCUUUCCUGCACCCACCCCCACCCCCAGCCCACCCCGCUCUUGGGAUCUAAGUCUGGGGCAGGAGUUUCGCCGGAGAGGUGUAUUUUUAGCCGCUUGCCUCCCCUGGAACCACGUGUGCCGCCCUCGUUCGGUCAGGAUGACUGGUCCCUGUCCGGCCUGCUGGCCAGCCUUGCUCCUGGGACUGCUGUCGCCCUGGCUAGCGGGACGCUGCAUGCCCGUCUUCGCCCAGCAGCACAACGACACCCUGGAGUGGCGCUGGGAGACUCUCUUCUCGCGCUCCAUGGCCAGGCUCCCCGCCGGGGAAAGGAAUUUGCUCAGCCGGGACGGGGACUAUCUGCUGGGCAUCAAGAGGCUGCGGCGCCUCUACUGCAACGUCGGCAUCGGGUUUCACAUCCAGGUCCUGCCGGACAGCCGGAUCAACGGGAUCCACGACGAGAACCGAUACAGUUUGCUGGAAAUCUCUCCAGUGGAACGUGGAGUGGUUAGCCUUUUUGGUGUUAAAAGUGGACUUUUUGUAGCAAUGAAUGGCAAAGGCAAACUCUAUGGAUCUAGCCAUUUUGGUGAUGAGUGUAAAUUCAAAGAGAUUCUGCUGCCGAACAACUACAAUGCCUAUGAGUCCCAGAUCUAUCCUGGGAUGUACAUGGCCCUGAGCAAAAAUGGAAGAACCAAGAAAGGCAACAAAGUGUCUCCCACCAUGACAGUGACACAUUUUCUUCCCAGGAUUUGAGAACUAUCCCUUCAGAGCUACCUCAGGGCAGAAGGAAAAGGCAAGGCCCAAUUGCGAGAAUGGAAGAGGGAGCGGGCGAAAUCUAUGGUGCACUUUUCUUUGAGAGUUUUAUGCAAGAGUAGAUGUAACAUAUUUAAAUUAUUGAUGUCUGUAUAUAUUGCCAGAAAGUUAUUUAUAGUUCUGAUCAUUUUUUUAAAAAAAAAUUCCUAAAAGAAAAGAAAUGAAAGAAAGAACCUUCUACAAAACCAAACCUCCAACCUAAGCUAUUCAUUACACAGUGUAACAGUGGAAGACUCUUGCAUUGUGGUUUAUUUAAUCUUAUCUUUGUUUUGGGGUAAGUUAUCACAGGUGUGCUGCUAUUAUGACUUUUUAAAUGUGAAAUCUGAUUCCUAUAUGCUUUGCACUGUUCUGUGCAUUGUACAAUGUUUGUUAGUGGACAUUAAAUUGUGUUUUUUUUUAAAAAACCAAAACAUUGUUUUUAACCAGUUAUGACUGCCAGCAAACAUUUUAGUCUUUACAAAAGAGGCUCAACAAAUCUUCCUCAGUUGUGAUGCCAGCUUAUAGGAACGUACAGCAUCUCUGACCUCCUUUUGUGCAGCGUGGUUAGUUCAUAGAAAUGGUGUCAAUUUACUUCUGCUACAGAAACUGCAGCAUUGAUGUACGCCCUGCAAUGCUCUUUUUAGCUCUGCUACAGUUGAACUCUGAACUUUCUUGCCUUCAAUCCCUCUGGGGCCUGUAGAGCAGAACCCACCAGGCAAAGUAGGAGUAAACCCCAUUGAAAAUCUCUGGAGGUUGCAUGGCAGGAGUUCAUAGUGAAUUGCACUCCAGGUAGACCCUUUUCAAGUUCCAGACUUAAAUUCUCAGCAUUGUGAGAAUGAGGAUUGCCGUGUGAAUAGUAAAAAGCAACAUUCGGAUAUUUUUACUCAUUGUUCGACUUAGGUACAGCGUGGUCUUUUUCUUCUUUCAGCCGUUCACAUUUUGGAAUAGGUUACAAUGAAGAACCUUUAUGUUAAAGACCACAAACCAUCUUUUAAAUGGAAUGAUAUUACAGGUAGUCUGGCAGUUGGCACUAGGACUUCCAUUGUUAGAACUUCCAAUCAUUAAGUGAGCCAUCAUAUGACUGCAUCUGAUUUUACAACCUUUUUUUUUUUUUUGGCCACAGUCAUUAAGUAAAUCACACAUUAAGUGAAUCCAGUUUCUCUCACUGAUUUUGCUUGACGGAAGGCAGCUGGGAAAGUCACAACUGAUAGUCACAAGACCCCAGGAUGCUUCAACUGCUGUAAAUGCAUGUUGGUUGUCAAGUACCUGAAUUACGAUCGCAUGACUGUAGGGAUGCUACAAUGUUCAAAAAGUCAAGAACUAGUUGUAAAUCACUUUGCCGUUAGAACUUUGAAUGGUUGCUGGUCAUAAAUCAAGAAUUACCAACUGCAUGGCUUUAGUAACACUUGAAAAUCUCUCUCUUUCAGGCCAGAUUUCCACAUAGUUGUAAGCCACUGUUUUUUAAAGAAGUGCUGUUCAAAUGAGCAUAUUUAGCUCUUCCUUUCAAUGAGCUGAUUAACAAACUAGGUCUGUGAUGAUGAACCUAUGGCCAGAGUUUUGCACGCAGCGCCGUCUCCGAUGGCACAAGAACCAUCACCCCAGUUGAGCUCCGCUGCGCAUGCGCGCACGCCUGUUCAGCUGGUCUUUGGGUCU